AUGGCAACCUGUAUCCGUACCAUCCUCUCCUCCCCAGCACCCAAGCUCCUACAUCGACAGUUCCGUCCCCGCCGCACAUCCUUUCGCUUCCUCGCCGCCAUGCAUACCGUUCCCAAGCUCAAAGACCCUUCCCUCUUCAUUGAAAAGGGCUACGUGAAUGGCGAAUAUACCACUGCCGCCUCCGGUGAGACCUUCGAAGUCCACGACCCUUCUACCGGCAAGCUUAUUGGUACCUGCCCGGAGUUCAAUAGAGACGACACCCUCAAGGCCAUUGCUGCCGCUGACGAUGCCUUCGUCUCCUUCCGCAAGACCCUCCCUCGCGAGCGCGCCACCAUGCUGCGGAAAUGGUACAACCUGAUGCAAGAGAACGCUGAUGACCUGGCUACGCUCAUUACCUGGGAAAACGGCAAGCCCCUCACUGAUGCGAAGGGCGAAGUCGCCUAUGCUGCGAACUUCUUCAACUGGUUCAGCGAAGAAGCGCCCCGCGCCUAUGGAGAUGUUAUCCCAGCCUCAGUUCCUGGCAACCGCGUCUUCACUCUUCGCCAGCCCGUCGGCGUGUGCGGCCUCAUUACACCCUGGAACUUUCCCGCGGCUAUGAUAACGCGUAAGAUUGGCCCGGCGCUGGCUGCGGGCUGUACCGUUGUCGCGAAGAGCCCUGGCGAGACGCCGUUUACCGCCAAUGCUCUUGCGGAGCUCUCCCGGCGAGCAGGCAUUCCUCCGGGUGUCGUCAAUUUCGUCACCGCCCUUAAAAAUACUGUUGAGGUCGGCGAACUCCUCACCACCGAUCCCCGCAUCCGAAAGGUUUCUUUCACUGGCUCUACCAAUGUUGGCAAGAUCCUCAUGAAGCAAGCGUCCGGUACGCUCAAGAAACUCAGCUUCGAGCUCGGUGGCAACGCGCCAUUCAUCGUUUUUGACGACUGCCCCGAUCUUGAUGCUGCGGUUGCUGGCGCCGUGGCAUGCAAAUUCCGAUCCUCCGGUCAAACCUGCGUUUGCGCCAAUCGAAUCUACGUCCAGAAGGGCAUCUACGAUGACUUCGCGAAGAAAUUCGCCGAGAAAGUCAAGGGCUUCAAGGUCGGGUUUGGAUUUGAUGAGGGCAUUACACACGGCCCAGUCAUUCACGAAAGAGCGGUGGAGAAGGUGCAGCAACAUGUUGACGAUGCACAGAGUAAGGGCGCUACUGUCACCGUGGGAGGUCAGAAACUGCCGGAUCUAGGAAGCAACUUCUACGCCCCUACAGUACUCACGGGUGUGACAAACGAAAUGCAGAUCGCCAGCGAGGAGACCUUUGGGCCUGUGGCGCCGCUCUUCAAGUUUGAGACCGAGAAAGAGGUAGUCGCGCUUGCUAAUUCGGCGAAUGUGGGCCUGGCAGGAUACUUCUUCAGCAGGGAUAUUGGCAGAAUCUACAGGGUGGCCGAGGCCAUCGAGACUGGUAUGGUUGGUGUCAACACCGGUAUCAUCUCAGAUGCAGCGGCGCCCUUUGGUGGUGUAAAGGAGUCGGGCUUUGGGAGAGAAGGCAGCAAAUAUGGUAUCGACGAGUACACCACCAUCAAGACAGUGACCAUUGGAGGUAUCUCGAAUGAGCUUCAGGGAUAG